UUAUUUUUACUCGGGAUGUACCACUGUGUGGCAGCUGAGGGGGGUACAUCCAGUCACACACACAUUACUAUAUAAACAAGCAGGAGCGAGAGAGAGAUACAGUAGCAGCAUUGGCUUCUCUCAUAAACACACGCCGCCUCCUUCAGCAUGCCCGCCUUCUCCUGCCUCCCCAGCACGGCGCUCAGCGCUCACACCCACUUAGAGCCCAUGUGCACCCCGGAGAGGAUCGUGCCCAUCCGCCUCCUGCAGCGAAGCCCUAAGGGGCAGCAACGCUACAUCUCCGAAGCCAGAAUGCACCUGUCUGCACCCCAGGAGCAAGCCCUACCUCCCGCCCAGCAGCAGCAGCCGCCGCCCUCGGAUCUCCAUGCCUGGCUCAGCGACAUGGUGCAGGAGACUAUCCCCAGGCCCGACAAGAUCGCGGCGCCCAUAGAAGACCAAUGUUACGAAAGUAACGACAGCGGCUAUUGUUACCCAGAAAGCUCGGAGACGACGCCCGCCCCAUCCCAGGCUGGAAGCAGCGAGCGUCUGGCCUUGCAUCUGGCCGAGGUGGAUAAACAGGACAAGUACCUACGGGAGGAGCAGCGCUACCGCUUCUAUAUCAUCCCCGACGGAAACUGCCUGUACCGAGCCGUGUGCAAAGCGAUGUACGGAGAGCAGAGCCUACACGCCGAGCUGCGGGAGCGCACCGUGCACUACGUGGCCGACCACCUGGACCUUUUCAACCUCAUCAUCGAGGGCGACAUUGGAGAAUUCCUCAUCAACGCCGCCCAAGAUGGGGCCUGGGCCGGAUACCCGGAGCUGCUGGCCAUGAGUCACAUGCUGGAGGUGAACAUCCGCCUGACCACCGGGGGCAGACCCGAGUGUCCCACCGUCUCCACCAUGGUGCAUCGAAUCGGAGGCGAGGAUCCCACCCGGCCCAGUAUCUGGCUCAGCUGGCUGAGUAACGGCCACUACGAUGCGGUAUUCGAACAGCCUCUGCCCAACCCCGAGUACGAGAGGUGGUACCGGCAGCAACAAGCGCAGAGGCUACGGGACGAGGAACUGGCCAAAUCUAUGGCGGUUUCCCUCUCCAAAAUGUACAUCGAGCAGAACCCUCCUUGUUCGUGACAUGGAGCAUCAUAAUCAUGGCGGCAGGCUUCCCUGAUCAACUGGCGUACGUAUUAAAGGGCAAGCAGGCUGGACACACAGCAGUGUUGGGGCCCUUGCCUCCAGGGGCCCUUUUAUAAGCACCACCUCCCUGGAUGUGGAUUUACUUUCACUUCACACUUUAAAAGGAAUGAACUUGGCACCACUAGACCAAAGGCCUCAAAUUUCCACUGUAUCCAGGGUCUGGAGCAGAGAAUACCACAGUUUUGCUCUUUGUGUACCAGUCCAGGAAAAGAACAAGAUUUUUGGAAGCCUGGUUCUGCAGCAGAAGCGACAUAUGCACGUUUGUACCAUUAGGGUUGCCACCUUUAA